AUGACGGAAGACAAGGGAAGAGAAGAUAUCUCACCUUCUCUGCUCGGCGACACUUCAGAUAGAUCUCUUUCAGCGCCAGCAAAAUACGAGCCACUGUCCGAGCUUAACGAGGCCAGCAGAAAUCGUCAGCUUGUCGAUGUUCGGGUUCAAAACAUAUCAGUUACAGUCAACCCAACUAAAGGUUCUCCGUUCUCCUCCAUCGAAGCUUUCAAAUCGCAAGUCCUCCGGAGCCCAUUUAAACCACCCAUCAAGGAGAUCUUAAAAGAUGUCUCAGCACAACUUCCGAGUCGUAGCCUCACCGCCAUAGUGGGUGCUAGCGGAAGUGGGAAGACCACAAUGUUAAAUGUCAUCUCUCACCGUGUCACAGACCCCAAGUUUCAACAGUUCGGAACGGUGACGUACGAGUCCUCGGUCGAGUCUCUGGGCCAAGAUGCGGCUUCCGGACGCAUCGGAAUGGCAUAUGUCCUUCAGCAAGACAUUCUCCUUCCCAGUCUGACAGUCCGAGAGACCCUCCAGUAUGCAGCUGAUCUACGUCUUGCAACAACCAAAACAAAAGCCGAACGCCAGGCCAUGGUUGAGACUGUAAUAAAGGAACUGGACUUGCACAAAUGUGCCAACACCAGAAUAGGCAAUGAUGCUCACAAGGGAUGUUCGGGAGGUGAGAAAAGACGAACCAGUAUUGGCAUCCAAUUGCUCGCGGAUCAGCCUGUUCUCAUUCUGGACGAACCGACGACCGGGUUGGAUGCUGCGUCGGCAAUCCAAGUGGUGCAGACUCUCAAAAUCCUUGCGCAACGGGGAAAGACCGUCGUCAUGACUAUCCAUCAGCCUCGGUCGGAAAUAUGGCGGCUGGUUGACAACCUUGUCCUGCUUUCACGAGGGUCGCCCGUCUACUCCGGCCCGGUGGGAGAAUGUCUUCCUUACUUUGAGCAAAUCGGGCACAAAAUGCCCCCAUUCUUCAAUCCUUUCGACUUUGUCAUUGAUCUGGCCGCCGUGGACCUGCGCUCCCAAGAAUCUGAACGGGCAUCCCUUGUUCGUGUCCGGCAGCUCCAAGAAGCCUGGAGAACGAAGUCGGCUGAUACACUUGACGACCCAACCAGACCACCGGCUGGGGAGGCUCUGACUGCGAGCAAGCCCGUACUUGGGGGAAAUCCUUUCAACGAGAUGCUCCAAGAAGUCCUUGUGCAUACUCGAAGAGCAUUCACGGUGACCUGUCGUGAUCGCCUCGGCCUUCUUGCCAGUAUGGUCGAAUCCCUCAGCAUGGGCAUUAUGAGCGGUUGGAUUUUCUACCAGCUGAGUAGUGACCUGGCCGGUAUCAGAUCCAGGCAAGGUGCCAUGUACUCGGCGUGCGCUUUGCAAGGAUAUCUCAUUCUUCUCUUUGAGACUUAUCGAUUGACGAUUGACAUUGAGGUCUAUGAUCGAGAGCGGAUCGAAGGUGUGGUGAAGCCCAUAAGUUUCAUCAUCAGUAGAAGGUUUGCUCGAAUACCACUGGAAGAUUUCCCGGUGCCGUUGCUCUACUCGGUGAUAUUCUACUUCAUGGCUGGCUUUCGAGCGGAUGCAAACCAAUUCUUCACAUUCUUCGCGAUACAGCUUCUCUUACACAUGAUCGCCGUGAAUCUCGCCACGGUGUGCGUCGCCCUCCACCGGCAAUUCAUGAUUGCAUCCCUGAUCGCCAAUCUCACAUUCACGCUUCAGACAAUGGGAUGUGGAUUCUUCAUUAAUACGCGUUCAAUUGCACUAUGGCUGCGAUGGAUCAAAUGGACCGCUUAUGUGUUCUACGCCUUCGGAGCCCUUUGUACCAACGAAUUUGCCGGCCAUUUCUACGAUUGUCCAAGCCCGGGCGGCCCCCAGGAUCCAGUCUGCAAAGAAUACACGGGCACAUAUAUAUUGGCCUCAUUGGACCUGCCCUCAAAUUGGUUGUGGAGACCCAUCGUUGUUUUGUUCGGUUUCGGCUUGUUCUUUUUCAUCCUGUCCGGAGUCAUCCUUCAGGUGAUAGCGACCGAGGUUGAAAUGGCAAAGACCCAUGAGAGCAAGGCCACGUAUUCCACGGAAAGUUUACACCAUACUGCCCGAUCCGAGGAUGAGAACGGCGCCAUCACCGUCGCCCUCGACCAGUUUGGACUGGAAGUCGAGUCAAAGAGACUCUUCAAGAGCAAUCGGGCCAAGCGCAUCUUCCAUCCGAUCAGCACCACAUUCGAGCCCGGAGUUUUGAACGUGAUAAUGGGACCAUCCGGCUCCGGCAAGUCCUCCUGUCUGAACGCAAUGGCACGACGUCUGCAUGGAUCUCCGUUGCUCAAAUAUUCGUCGUCGGGCAGAAUGCUUCUCAAUGGAUCCACCGCGACAGACGACGUCAUCACAUCCAUCUGCUCGUACGUGCCCCAGGACGACUGCGGUCUCCUUCCCUCUCUAACGGUGCGGGAGACUCUCCAUUUCGCCGCCCGACUCCGGCUUCCAUCCUUCUUGAGCCACGAGCAAAAAGUCCGGCGCGCCGAAUCGGUUCUUCUGAAACUCGGGCUGAAAGACUGCGCAGACACCCUGAUCGGCAGCGACAUGGUGAAAGGGAUCAGCGGAGGCGAGAGACGCCGUGUCUCCAUUGGCAUACAAAUCCUCACGGACCCUCGUGUCCUGCUUCUCGACGAACCCACUUCCGGUCUUGAUGCGUUUACGGCCUUUUCCAUCAUCGAAGUUCUAAAGAGCCUGGCGGACGAAGGGAGGACGAUUAUCUUCUCCAUCCACCAACCACGAUCAGAAAUGUUCACACAAUUCGGUGGCGUAUUACUAUUAGCGAAAGGGGGCGACGUCGUCUAUGCCGGCAAAGUGUCCGAGAUGCUCCCACACUUUGAGAAAUUAGGGUUUGCGUGUUCUGAAUCAGCCAACCCUGCCGACUUUGCACUCGACCUCGUGUCCGUCGAGAUGCCGAAAUCCUUACAACAGAAAGACCCUCCUGCGACGACACUGACCGCGGACACCAAUGCCAUCGACGCCAUCAAUGCACCCACCGUCGUGCCGACCAUGCCCUCGAAGGAAAAACACCUCACCUUUCCCGCCGAACUCGGCAUCUACACACGAACUCGACUGUCGUUCCGCCAUGCCUUCCCCAUCCUUCUUCAACGCGGCAUCAUCAAUCUACGCCGCCAACCAAACCUGCUCACAGGCCGCAUCUCCCAAUUCGUCGGCCUGGGGAUCGUGUUCACCGCAUUCUUCUCCCCGCUGCACACAGACUACUACUCCGUGCAGACACGCGUGGGCUAUAUCCAAGCCAUGUCCAGCAUGUUCUUCGUCGGCAUGUUGAAUAGCAUUGCCAUGUACCCUCCCGAACGCGACAUCUACUACCACGAAGACCGCGACGGGACGUAUGCCCUCGAGGCGUUUUUCCUAUACUACGCCGCGCUCGAAGUCCCCAUGGAACUGGUCGCGUCCAUGAUCUUCUCGCUCCUGACUGUCUUCGCCGUCGGCCUGCCCCGGACUGUUUCCCAGUACUUUCUCAUGGCGUAUUCGGCCUUCUGCGUCGUGUCGUGCGGCGAGAGUUUUGGGAUUUUGUUCCUGACUGUGUUCUCGCACACUGGCCUGGCUGUGAGCGUGAUGUCGGUCGCGCUCUCCAUCUCGGUGCAUUUGGGCGGUGUGCUGAGUAUUAAUAUCGACGAUUUCCUGGCUGCUGUCAAUCAUAUUUCGCCUGUGAAAUGGCAGGUCGGGGCGCUCUCGAGUUUUAGUUUGCGGGGCAUCGAGUUCUCGUGCACGCCGGAACAGACGCUUAGCGACGGAAGCUGUCCGAUCCAGACGGGCGAGCAGGUGCUGGAUCUGUACCGGUUGAAUGUUGAUACGGCAACGUAUGCAUUGGCCUUAGGGGGUGUUACUCUCGGGUAUCGUCUGUUGGGGUAUCUGGGGUUGAAGGUCAGGAGGGCAGAUUGGAAGGGCCGGAUGGUGGUGACGUGGAGGAAGAAGAAAGGGAGAUAA